AUGAUGUCAUCAACCAGAAAAAUAAAGCCAACUCGAGCUAUCGACCAUCGUGAAUUCGAAGCGUAUGUUCGAGCAAAUCUGGAAGCUAAUAUGGCAAAUACUAUUCUUUUGACAAUUGGAAUAAGAUCGUACGCGGGAAUCUUACAGGUUGAUGAUUUUAACAUCGAAUUGCUCAAUGUUCGCAAUGCGGUUAACGAAAAAGAGCAAUUGGAGUUAUUUGUGCGUGAUAGUGCAUCAUCGAUAAUUGAAGUUAAACCUGCAAUUUUACGAGAGUUGAAAGCAUUUCAACGCGAAUGUGAAAGGCAUUUUAACAAUCCAAAUGGCCGAGUCAACUCAGCAGUUCGACGCGCUGCGAAAACGAAUCAAAAAGAUUCAAAAGUGCUUCAAUAUAGAGAGAAACCUGUAAAUAACGAAAAUUAUGUGAUAGAAACCGAUUGGUCUUUUAAUAACGAAGACAUAUUGGAUUAUGAUGCACAGUUUCAUGGUUCGACCGUUGCAUCCAAUUUCAAUGUAAAAGAAAUAAUUCACGUGUAUGUGACGUCACAACAAAUAAACCACUUCUUCGAAAAGAACAUGAAGAUCACUGCACAAGAAAUCCAAAAGUUUAUCUUUUUAUUGCAACACAAUCUUGCAUGGCAUAUCGAGAAUCUUUACGAAUUUGCCUUGAAAAUCAGAACAAAUCAUAUUCUGUAUCGGCAAUUCACUGAAGAUUUUGGACGUUAUUCUCGGUCAAAACCCGAUAUGGGUCUACAAGAAAAAUGUCAAUGGCUUGUUACUUACAUUAAAAAGACCAGCUAUAAACCAAGUGGAUAUGGUCAGUAA